AUGCUAAGAGAGGCCAAGGAGAUCCUCCGCCAGGUCCUGGUCGAGAACUAUCAAUUGAGUGACGCACUCAGAGGGCGGCCUGACACCAUCGAGAGAAUGGCGAAGGAGAUCGGUGCACUGCAGGAGCAGGUUCGUUUACUCCUUGCCGAGAGGGACAAUGCCGUGGAGAGUCUGAGAGUUCGCCAAGCACUUUCACGGGAUCGAGAAGACCCUGGCAAUGGCAUCAACGGCCACUCCAAGGAUGUUCGACGUCGGGUAGACAAACACGUUCAGCUUGAGGAGGAGCUCGAUCGGUACAAGGAGGGAAACGCAAAGCUCAAGGAAGAGCUUGCCCAGCUGAAGAGGUAA